CCUGUUGAAAAAAAGUAUCUUAGAGCGGCAGGACUGGGGAAGGAAAGCAGAUACUUUCGUCAAGCGAAGGCACAAGGAAAUGCUGGUUGAAUUUCUAAUCUAUUUUGGAGAAAUAUACUCUAUAAAGACAGGUAGGGUAGGCUACUUAUAAACCAGUUUAUUUUUGUAUCGCGUAAAGUAAUAAGACGUUGGUUAAAACGACGUUAUAAGAUAUAUUUUGGUGAGGUUUGAUUUCGUCAUUAUUCAGUUCAACGAUUGAUAACUUCAUGGCUUUGAUCGCAACUGAUACUGAUCGUAGCUGCAAGUUGAACGGGUCGUCGACAAUUUACGGUAGGAUUGGCACAAUACAAGGCAAGGCAAGCAGAACCGGUAAAAUGCAGCCCAAAGACACGGAAUAUUCAACAGAUGGGUUACCCAAAGCGUUUUUACACAGUUUGAGGACAAUCUUUGACAUCCUUGAUGAUGGGAAGAGAGGGUAUGUGCACAUAUCAGAGAUUGAGAGUAGAUGGCAAGGGGCAGAUACUCAUGAUUUGCCUGGCGGGGUUAUGGAGUGCCUGAGGCGGGUGGCCCCACGGCAUGGUUGCCUGACAUUUGAGCGCUUCGUGGCGGGACUGCGACACUCCAUGUUGAACCCGGACAACAAUAGCCACAUAAAGGCUCAGGCUUCACUGCACCCGAAACAAGCACUCCUGCACUCCAAACAGCACCAUCUGCCAGCGCAAAAACCUGCCCCGCUCUCUACUUGCUCUGUCGGAACUCGGAUUGAAAACAAAGUUCGUCCACUGGGUCCAAGCAACGGGACCAAUACGCAUCACAACCGCGCGUCCUCACUUCAGAGUCGGUCCAGACAUGAAGAGGGGAACACUGCAUACCCACCAGUCACCUCUGUCGUAGGUGGUCCCAUGCGCUACACCAAUGCGUGUUAUGAGAGAACAGGCAGAAGUUUGGAACGGAUAACCAUUGUGCCCGAAAGCGGUUCAUAUCGAGCUGAUUCGGUUUGGUUGGGGAAGCAGGCGCAUCGACAGCAGAGUCGGGUGAGGUCCAUAGAGUCCCUUGCUCUCGAGUCACCAAGCCUCCAAAAACCAAGUAAGUUUGAAUGUCACUCUUGAUUGAUUAUCAAAGAUCAAUAAGAUCAGGACCAGUCUUCCAUCAUCUGUCUCUUGCUCCCCCCAUGUGUAUGUAUUUUGUUUCUCACUAUGCUAAGCGAUCAGGGAAGACUCAUUUCACUCGAGUAAUGGUCCUCAGUUAAUAAACAGGUCAGGGCUAUUCUGCUGCCUCAGUCUCAUUGACCCAGGUGUGGAGGUAGAGGAGUAUGAAAACACACCCAUUACACCCAUUUCUAUACCAGACUGUCAUCACUACUGCAGCACUAGCACCAGGUUACAACACGUUUAGCAUCAGACUAACUGUCAGCUGCCCUCUGAGCUGCUGUUGACACUACAGUCCCAUGCAGUCUAAUUUCUGCCUCAAUCAUCCAUAAGAGUUCCUGCAUUCCAGGCAGGCUGUGGUUUGAACAGGACAAGUACUGUACAAGAGGCUAAUUGAUUUCUAGCAGUGGAUGGUCUGAAAUCACAUCCUCUCUAUUAUUCUGAAUGUGCCCACCACUCUCAGCUUGUCAUUGCUACCAAACCUAACCCUUCACUACACACAUGCUGCUAGUGUCUGUGUUUAUCGACAGUUCUCUCUAAGAAUGUGACUGUGUUUGUUCUCUCCCUCUCUGUGGAGGUGAUAAGAACAGCCACACCACUGCUGUAAAUCUUCUAACCCUGGAACCUCUGGAACCACUGCGUGCUGAGUACGAUAGGUCUGCUAUGGCAACCGCACCGCCCUUAACCGCUAUAGAGGGUAGAGCGGCCGAGCUCCCUGACAUUCAAGAUCUCUAUAUCAGGCGGUGUCAGAGGAAGGCCCGAAAAAAUUGCCAAAUACUUUAGCCACCCAAGCCAUAGACUUUUCUCUUUGCUUCCGUGCGGCAUGUUUUACCGGAGCAUCGGGUCUCUGACCAACAUGCUCCGAGACAACUUCUAUCCCCAAGCCAUAAGACUGCUAUAUAGUUAAUAAAAUGGUUACCCGGACUAUCUGCAUCGACCCAAUUCUGCAUUGACUCCAUACACACUCACAAUACUCUACCCACACUCUCACACACUGACACUCUCACUCACACACAUGCACAUAUACACAUACACUACAUACGCACACACACACAGAACACACACAUACACACACUUUCACAAAUCAUAUAUGCUGCUGCUACUCUGUUCUUAUUUUACUCUUUAUUAUUAUCUAUCCUGAUGCCUAGUCACUUAACCCUGCCUUCAUGUACAUAUCUACCUCAAAUACCUCAUACCCCUGGACUUUGAUCUGGUACUGGUACUCCCUGUAUAUAGCUCCAUUCUUGUGCAUUUUAUUCCUCUUGUGUUAUUAUUUUUAUUUUGAACUCUGUAUCGUUGGGAAAGGCCUAGUAAGUAAGCAUUUCAGGUUAAAGUCUACACCUGUUGUAUUCGGCGCAUGUGACAAAUACAAUUAUUUGAUUUGUUGCCGAAUGGCCACAUUAAAACAGAGCCCACAGCUAGGGGCCACAACUAGGGGUCAAUCCUUCCACACUCUCUGGGUUUUUACUAAUGGAGGAGCUCAGCUAACGUGAUUUUGUUAUCGUUAUUUCAAAGCCCUGGUUUGCCUCUCAAAUCUCUCCGCUUCAGUGUAAUUGAAUAAUUGACCUCCAACUCAUCCAGAGUGAGUCACAGAUCAUGUCUCAAAUUCCUCUGGAUACUUAGCCAGAGUUUAGACUGGGGUCUGGGCUCCUCCUAUUGGGAUCAUCAGCUCAACUUUUCCUGGUCCUGUCCUGGUCUCCCUCAUUAGACUGACCUGUGUUCACUGAAGUCGGGAAAGCUAUGGAGAAAAUCCUGCUCUCUCUCUCUCCCAUGUGCACACAGGAACUCUCUCGCUCUCUAAUGGCCCUGCUGAGUCCGAGCCUGUCUGUAUCUAUAACUGGGACUGUCUGGAGCUAUAACGGUGACGUGUCCAUGUCCGUGAAGCAGCCUGGAGGCCCUGGCUAGCUACUUACAUCAGACACACUCUACCAUGUAGCGCCAUGGGAUUGGAGAGUGUGGUGAAUGGCAAUGUAAUCUCCCCCAGCAAACCCGCUGGAUUAGCACAGAUUACGUGCGGAGCAAUUGAGGCACGGCAGCGGUUAAAUCCUGCCCACCCCUGGCCAAGCGACCAUUACCCUGCUCUCUCUUCUCUCGCUGCGCCCUGGUCAAAAGUAGUGCACUAUAUGGGGAAUAGAGUGCCAUUUGUGAUACAGCCUCUUGGGGGAUGUCCAAAACCAUGGAGAGAGGUCAAGUCUGCCCGGCUCUCGAACUCAUUGAAGAGGCUGAUGUGGUAUUGGAGCAGGGUAAUGUGAAGAGGCUGAUGUGGUAUUGGAGCAGGGUAAUGUGAAGAGGCUGAUGUGGUAUUGGAGCAGGGUAAUGUGAAGAGGCUGAUGUGGUAUUGGAGCAGGGUAAUGUGAAGAGGCUGAUGUGGUAUUGGCGCAGGGUAAUGUGAAGAGGCUGAUGUGGUAUUGGCGCAGGGUAAUGUGAAGAGGCUGAUGUGGUAUUGGCGCAGGGUAAUGUGAAGAGGCUGAUGUGGUAUUGGAGCAGGGUAAUGUGAAGAGGCUGAUGUGGUAUUGGCGCAGGGUAAUGUGAAGAGGCUGAUGUGGUAUUGGAGCAGGGUAAUGGGCCAGUGGCUGGAGCUGGACUGUGGACAGAGCUACUGACCCCAAUGCUUUAGUACCCUGCCAGAGUUAUGCUGACAUAAAGGCAUAAUAACAAGUAUCACUUUACUGGAUCAUCUGUCAAAUAUUUCCCACACUUUUAACGGCAGCUUCUGGACAACAUCACUGUGGGGGUGAUAUGAAAUCCAUGCCAUACAAUGCUCUAAACACUGAAAAAAGAUUAGGAAAUAUUGAGAAUUGUUUAUGGCUGCAGUGCCUGCUGUUCUAUCUCUGUGUAUCUGAGCAGUGAGCUGUAGGCAGCCACACAGGCAGGGGAGGCUGUGUGGAAGUGGUUGGACAGAGAGAGAGAGCGCGAGCUUGUCAGAGCUUGCUUUUCCGACCCAUCUGACUGCAAAUGACCCGUGAGGCGUGAGGAACAACUCCCCUAAGGGAAAAACAGUCUCUGAAGCCAGAGACCAUUCAGGGAAGCACAGAUGAAGGGGUGUGUGUCUCUUUGUUAACAACAACUUGUGCGCAAUAUCUAAUAUUAAGGAAGCCUCGAGGUUCGGCUCGCCUGAGUUAGAAUACCUCAUAAGCUGUAAACCACAUUAUUUCCCAAGAGAGUUUUCAUCUAUAUUUUUUGUAGUAGUCUAUUUACCACCUCAAACCGAUGCUGGCACUAAGACCACACUCAACGAGCUGGAUAGGGCCAUAAGCAAACCAGAAAAUGCUCUCCCAGUGGCGGCGCUCCUAGUGGCCGGUGACUUUUUAAUGCAGGAAAACUGAAAUCCGUUUAACCUAAUUUCUACCAGCAUGUCACCUGUGCAACUAGAGGCAAAAAAAACUCUGGAUCACAUUUAUUCCACACACACAGACUCAUACAAAGCUCUCCCUCGCCCUCCAUUUGGCAAAUCUGACCAUAACUCUAUCCUUCUGAUUCCUGCUUAAAAGCCAAAACUCAAACAGGAAGUACCAGUGACGUGCUCAAUACGGAAGUGAUCCGAUGAAGCAGAUGCUAAGCUGCAGGACUGUUUUGCUAGCACAGACUGGAAUAUGUUCCGGCAUUCAUCCGUUGGCAUUGAGGAGUUUACCACAUCAGUCACUGGCUUCAUUAAUAAGUGCAUCGACGACUUUGUCCCCACAGUGACCGUACAUACAGUUGAAGUCGGAAGUUUACAUACAUCUUAGCCAAAUACAUUUAAACUCAGUUUUUCACAAUUCCUGACAUUUAAUCCUAGUAAAAAUUCCCAGUCUUAGGUCAGUUAGGAUCACCACUUUUAUUUUAAGAAUGUGAAAUGUCAGAAUAAUAGUAGAGUGAUUUAUUUCAGCUUUUAUUUCUUUCAUCACAUUCCCAGUGGGUCAGAAGUUUAUAUACACUCAAAUAGUAUUUGGUAGCAUUGCCAAUUUCAGACUACGGUUUGCAACUGCACAUGGGGACAAAGAUCGUACUUUUUGGAGAAAUGUUCCGCUGGUUUGAUGAAACAAAAAUAGAACUGUUUGGCCAUAAUGACCAUCGUUAUGUUUGGAGGAAAAAGGGGAACGCUUGCAAGCCGAAGAACACCAUCCCAGCAGUGAAACACGGGGUGGCAGCAUCAUGCUGUGGGGGUGCUUUGCUGCAGGAAGGACUGGUGCACUUCACAAAAUAGAUGGCAUUAUGAGGAAGGAAGAUUAUGUGGAUAUAUUGAAGCAACAUCUCAAGACAUCAGUCAGGAAGUUAAAGCUUGGUCGCAAAUGGGUCUUCCAAAUGGACAAUGACCCCAAGCAUACUUCCAAAGUUGUGGCAAAAUGGCUUAAGGACAACAAAGUCAAGGUAUUGGAGUGGCCAUCACAAAGCCCUGACCUCAAUCCUAUAGAACAUUUGUGGGCAGAAUUGAAAAAGCGUGUGUGAGCAAGGAGGCCUACAAACCUGACUCAGUUACACCAGCUCUGUCAGGAGGAAUGGGCCAAAAUUCACCCAACUUAUUGUGGGAAGCUUGUGGGAGGCUACCUGAAAUGUUUGACCCAAGUUAAACAAUGUAAAGGCAAUGCUACCAAAUACUAAUUGAGUGUAUGUAAACUUCAGACCCACUGGGAAUGUGAUGAAAUAAAUAAAAGCUGAAAUAAAUCAUUCUCUCUCCUAUUAUUUUGACAUUUCACAUUCUUAAAAUAAAAGUGGUGAUCCUAACUGACCUAAGACAAGGAAUUUUCACUAGGAUUAAAUGUCAGGAAUUGUGAAAAACUGAGUUUAAAUGUAUUUGGCUAAGGUUUAUGUAAACUUCCCACUUCAACUGUAGCUGCAUCACCGCUUAGUAUGGCAACUGUUUGGCAUCCGACGCAAGGCGCUACAGAGGGUAGUGCGUAGGGCCCGAGCUCCCUGCCAUCCAGGACCUCUAUUACAGGCGGUGUCAGAGGAAGGCCCUAAAAAUUGUCUCAGACUCCAGCCACGCCACCGUUACCACACUGCAAGUGGUACUGAUGCACCAAGUCUGGAACCAACAGGACCCUGAUCAGCUUCUUCCCCCAAGCUAUAAGACGGCUAAAUAGUUAACCAAUAAGCUACAUGGACUAUCUUCUUUGACCCUUUUUGCACUAUAAUGUUCUGACUCGUCACAUACGCUGCUGUUACUUUUUAUGAUGUAUCCCGUUGCCUAGUCACUUUAUCCCAACCUAUGUACAUAUCUAACUCAACUACCUCGUACCCCUGCACAUGGACUCGGUACUGGUACCCCCUGUAUAUAGUACCCCUAAGUUAUCGUUACUCAUUGUGGAUUUAUUCUUUGCGUUUAUUUUUCUAUUUAUUCCUUGUGUUACUCAUUUUUUAUUUUUUCAACAACAAAAAAAUGAGAAACAUGGCCAUUAGGCUCCGUCUUUCAAUUAGCAAUGCUGUUUCAAGGCGUGCAAAUUAGGCUUACCUACACUGGUAAACAGUAUCCCUCCUUGGGUGCCACAGUCCAACUUGAAGAUUAUCUAGAGCCACUAAACUAGAUGGUCUACAUAUUUCCCUUGGCCUCUCUGAACCCCACAUACACCUGCCCUCAAGGCACUAUAUCCAGUUACAGAUUAACAGGAUUUCUGGGAGUCUGGAUACAACAUGGAAAGGUGUCAUGUUUUCUCUGCUCUGUUAUCAACUAUCACCUGAACUGUACAUAAGGUCUUACAUUUUAUUCUCAUCUCCCCCCUCAGAAUUGUAAUUUCCCCCCAUUUAAUACAACCCAACCAGAUAGGGAAGCCUUUUGCCUUUGUUGAUACAGCAGGGAGGAAGGUUAGCGCCCUCAUGUGGUCACCAAAGGCACUGCAUGGUUUACAGAUUUCACUAUUCUUAGUAGUGGCCUCUCUCCCUUUUUCUCUUUCUCUCUCGUGUUCUCUCUCACUCACGCACACACACACACACACACACACAGUCAUAGACUGUUCUCUCUGCUACCGCACGGCAAGCAUUACCGAUGCACCUAGUCUGGAACCAACAGGAUCCUGAACAACGUUUAACCCUAAGCCAUAGGACUGCUAAAUAGUUAGCCAAAUAGCUACCCGGACUAUCUGCAUUUUACCCUUUUUGCAGCAACUCUUCUCACUCAUCACAUACUGUACGCUGCUGCUACUCUGUUUAUUAUCUAUCCUGUUGCCUAGCCAUUUUACCCCUACAUACCUAUAUGUACAUAUCUACCUCAAUUACCUCCUACCCCUGCACAUCGAUUUGGUACACCAUGUAUAUAGCCAAGUUAUCGUUAAUAAUGUUGUGUUUAUUCCUCGUUAUUUGUCUGUAAUUUGUCAAAAAUGUCUUUCUGCAUUGUUGGGAAGAGCCCGUAAGUAAGCAUUUCACUGUUAGUCUACACCUGUUGUUUACGAAGCAUAUGACAAAUAACAUUUGAUUUGAUUUGACACACACACAGGAUUUGGGGUGGGUUUUUGGUGACAAUGUGUUAGUCUGAUGUUAUCUCUUUUGAUUGUUGGCUGGGAGAUCAGUUCUAUCACAGAUGGAAACCGUUGAUCCGCUGAACACAACAGAGUAAAUCAGAACUUUGCUCUGAUGUCAUCUCUGGCUUUCAUGUCCAUCUAGCUCUAUGUAUUUCAUACUAACAUUAUAUAAGUGCAAAAAAGUUUGUUCUUCCUUACAGGAAAUGGUUGUGUUUCAUUUGAUGUAUGAAUUAUCUGGGUACCCAAAGCAUAGUUGUAGUAACCAGACAGUUGAUACCUGUGUUCCAGACAAGACCUGGAAGUCUGUUGGUGAAAUCAGGUAAAAAUCUUUCUGACCACCCCUUCCUGCCCAAUCUCUGGUCCAGGUAUUGUGGAGGCUGGUUUACCGAGGUCCCAGAGUGAGUCAGCCACGGGAUUCACUGCCUCCAGACGCCAUGGGCGAAGCCGAGAUGAGCAGAGACGCCACACCAUCACCAACGGGGUGGAUUACGGAAUGGUACUUACGCGCACAAACAAACAAACACACACACUGUUGCAUUAUGCACAGUUUUUAGAGAGGAAGUAGAACAACCAUGUUCUCACUGCUAGUGAAAACAGGUAUUUGGUGAUCCACAGACAAUGGGAAAGUGUUCUUAUAGUGGUGUUCAGUGAUAGGGUUCGUGUUAAGGGUCAGUUCAACUUUUUAUCUAGAGUAGGGGUGAAGCGGAGAACAGUUUCAUGGAUAAACAGGCCUAUCUGCUCUGUGCAGACUGCAACUGCUGUAGGUCACUUUGUUUCUGUUGGCCAACACCCACCAUUAACUCCCCCAUUCAACCCCUCUCCCUACACCCCUCCCACCUUUCACUCAGUCCAACCCCUCUCCCUCUGUGGCCCUCCCAAUCUCCUGCCCCCUUUCCAUGCCUCCUCUCGCUUUCUCGUUCUAUCCCCCUGCCUCUAAUUUCUCUCUGAGCCCUACUCUAUCCCUCUCUCUGUCUUCUCCUCUCCUUCCACUCUUUCUUUGUGUGGAGUCGUAGAGGGAGCUGCUCCCCCCUCCCCCCUCUGGCCGCCUGUCCUCAUGGUAAUGAGCCGGGUCGGGCCCAGGGGCCUGGAAGCAGGGGAUUCGCUUGGCCCACCCGGCCCAGCCUGGACAGCUGUCUGGGCAGCCUACACCACUGUCUUCAUCCCUCUCAGCAGCAGUCUGUACAGCAGCAAGGCGCUGCACUUUUUCCUCAGGGUGAGUGAGAACAACUACAGGAGAGAGGUCAGGAAAGAGAAGUAAAAACGGAGUGUUUGGUCAUUGAGCUGUUUCUAUGUAUGUGUAUGUUUAUUACACACUUGCAGAUGUGUGUUGAGCUGUGUCAAAAUGUAACUAUGGAGUUAUGAGCAGAGUCAGGGAGAGAUAACCGGUUGUCAACUAGCUGAAUAUUUGACAGUUCUGUGUCUGCGGUUGAUGUGUUGUUGAAGCUAGUGGACAGUGCCAGUUUCAGUUUGUGUCUUGAUGAUAACCUGUAAACUCCUAGUUGUCAUGUUGUUGCUUUAACCCUAGCGGGUAGUUUGUACUGUUUGGAGCUGCUGUGUAGAUUAGCCCAAUACCCAUGAUAUUGUACUUUGUGCUUUUAGAUAAGGCAACAUCAGCUGUGUCAUGCCGUUGUUGUAUGCUUUGUCAUUUACAUUUUUUACAUUCAAGUCAUUUAGCAGACGCUCUUAUCCAGAGCGACUUACAGGAGCAAUUAGGGUUAAGUGACUUGCUCAAGGGCACAUCCCAACGCUCUUAACCGCUAGGCCACCUGCAGCCCUGGUGAUGUUAGCAUCACCACACUGGUGAUAGUUCUGUCAGCCAGCUCCCCUCUCCCCCUCCCGUACCCCCCCUCUCCCCUCUCUAACUUUUCCUCCCCCUGUUCUGUGUUCUCUCCCCCCUCCCCUCUUUAUAGAGUGGAUUUGCCCUUCCUGUGGCCCACCACACAAACACACAGCCUGACACUCUGGGUCACGCUUCAUUCCAGGCACAACGCCCCCACCCCAUUCCCCCACCCCACCCCAUUCCCCUACCUCUCUCUGCUCUCUCUCUUUCAUCCCUCUCUCCUCUCCUCUGUUUGCAGCUCCCAUUCAACCCAGCAUGGUCAGAGCUGAAAGGGGAAAUAUGUUUACUAUGCAAUGAUGGCACAAGAGGUUUACCCUGGCUAGUUACAGUCCAGCUCAGACAACAACAACAACAACAACAGUAUCAGUAGUUUGACAAUACUGGUUGGUUUGGUCAUUGCAUUAUGUCAUUGUACAGACAUGGUUUUCCCAACAGUGAUAGUGUAUAGAGAGGGAGGCUGAAUGCCAGGAAUGAGGCCUGGGUUGUGCUGUGGCACUGGAGGACAGGAUGGUCAGCAGAACUCAAUGCUGCCUACCUGUCACUGGGACAGGACGACCUGUUGUAGUAGCUACUGUUUACCCAUUCUUAGGUCUCUGCAUGGUUGCCAUGGUGCCAGGCUGAUUGCUCCUCUAAACAGUGUCUCCUUUUGAGGUCAGGGUACCACUCCAGCACGAUUGGCCCGGUGCCAUUGUCUCAGGACAAAAGCGGCAGCCAAAUGUACAAAUGAAAGGGUGCAGAUUUUCCAAAUAAUUCAAAACAACAUAACCAUCAUAAAUGUGACAUGCAAGCUUACUCAACAUUUUCCCUCAUCGCUUUUUUGGGGCGCAGGAUGAGUAUAAGCUUGAAGAGCAAGCAGCAAGAAUACAGGUUCACCAAAUUACUUCAGGUAAGUGACCAUGUUGACGAUGACAGUAAGAGAGAUGUUGACUCGCUUUCCCUCCUACCUCCAGCUGAAGCAGAUGAAGGAGUUGGAGCAGGAGAAGGACUCUCUGCUGGCUGGUCUGGACGUGUUGGAGCGGUCUAGAGAGUGGUACCAGACCCAGAUCCACAACGUCACAGAGAGACAGAGACACGUGGGCCAAAGCAACCACUGCACGGUAAGGUCUGUUCAUUAGGCAACAAACAGACAAAAACAAACUGAAACAGGGAGGGACUGCUAUUGGGGUUCAAUAAGAAACGCUCCUUUUUGUUUUCCAUUGCAUGCCCUAAUGAAGAUGACCCAGGGCAUGUAUCCAAUUUAGUAGGAAUUGAUGAUACAGUGUAUCAAUUAUCUGAAACUGUCCAAUUCUUACUCUUUCUCUCUCCCACCAGGAUUUCUUCACAGAAUCCCAGAAUCAAAGCCGUAUGAAUGUUCUACUUCCCAAGCUGCAGGAAGUCAACCGCUGCCUUAAUGACCUCAUUUCCUGCUCUGGAACGGUGAAUCUUGAAAUUAGACACCUUACCUGACUGUGUCUAACUGAGCCUCUUCACUGCCCUAAAAAUGGGUGAUGGUUGUCUCAUAUGCCUGAGUAAUUUCUAAGGUCAAAUUGAAUUCCACAGUAAUUGUAAAGUGACUUAUUUUCCUCUUACUGGAGUCCUCUCAGUGGCAAUUAGAUGUUGAGAGGUUGUUCUAUGUUUUAGACAGAGAGUAUAGUCAAGUCUAAACACUAGUCUUUACUGAAACAUGGUAAUUAAUGGUGAAUUAUCUCUUUCUCUCUCCCUCUUAGCAGUCUUUCCCAUCCUCUGGCACCCAGCCCACAGUGAUCUCCUCCAGCUCCCAGCCUCCUGCCCCCCCACAAGCCAUUCAAAGACUAAAGGACCAGAACCGCCUUCUCACCCAGGUAAACUGAACAUAUGUCAAUGUAUUGUAAAUGUACAGAUUUCCUGUACACCUCACCACUGUCCCUAUAUGAUCGUCUAACCUCUACCUAUCUCCUCUCCCUGCUGCAUUGAAGCUCUGUAUGUAAACUCCUUUAUUGCACAAUAAAGGCUUGUUUAAACUCAAAACGAACUUCUCCCCUGUCCAUGUCUCUCGUCCUCCCUCCCUCCCUCCCUCCCUCCUUCACCACUCCUCCUCUCCAUCCCUCUCUCCGUCCCGGUGCAGGAGGUGACUGAUAAGGGUAAGCGCAUCACUCAGCUGGAGCAGGAGAAGUCUGCUCUGAUCAAACAGCUGUUUGAGGCUCGCGCCCGGAAUAUACACGACAGCAGCACCAUGGACUCCACCUUCAUCUGAAUACAGACACCAUAAUGCAACCACACUGGUCUCCAGCUCUAUCUGACCCCCACUCACAACAGGACAACUGUAUCAGCUCUAACACUCCUACUGGAUUCCACACCACUUCUGGCAUGAUGAAAGCACCUUGAACUUUGACCCCCCCCCCCCCCCCCCCCUUUGACCACUCCCUUUGGAUCUCCCCAACUGCCCACUCCACUUAAAAUGGCCUGCACACUAAUCUGGGCCGACCACUCCUUGAGGGGAGGG